AUGAGCAGCAUUAUCCACGCGGUCAAUGAAGGACUUUCUGCGGCGGAGGCCCUUGCUCGUCCUCGCCUGCAUGAUCAGCUGGUGCUGAACCAAGUUCUCUUGGAUUAUGAUUACGACAAUUCCACCGUGGCGUACAUGAAGCAACGUGGACACAAUGUGACCUGGGUUAAUCCUCGCCUACCUGACUGGAGUGAGGCCCAAGCUAUCCGAGUGCUAAAAAAUGGGAAUUUUGAUGCAGCAGGGGAGCCGAGACAGUCGAACUCCGGUGGCUUUGCAGUAUAA